GGGGCGGGGGCGGGGGCUGGCCGCGCGUCGGGCGCCAGGCCCGGGGCUGUGGGCACCGUGCCCAGCCCCCGGCGCACGCCGAGCCGCCGCCGCCGCCGCCGCUGCUGCAGUCGGCAUCCAUCAGCGGGCGGGGGUGUCGCCGAACAGGCUGCUCCGCAGAGCCCGCCGCGACCCCGCGCCGCCCCGCCCCGCGGCCUGCCUGCCAGAGGAGCCGAGGGGGCCGCCCCUCGCCCAACCUGCCCGACAUGGGGACCCCCGGGCCCAGGCGUGCUGGUCACCAUGACAACAGAGACAGGCCCCGACUCUGAGGUGAAGAAAGCUCAGGAGGAGGCCCCGCAGCAGCCCGAGGCCGCCGCCGCUGUGACCACUCCUGUGACCCCUGCAGGCCACGGCCACCCAGAGGCCAACUCCAAUGAGAAGCAUCCACCCCAGCAGGACACGCGGCCUGCUGAACAGAGCCUAGACAUGGAGGAGAAGGACUACAGUGAGGCCGAUGGCCUGUCGGAGAGGACCACGCCCAGCAAGGCCCAGAAGUCACCCCAGAAGAUUGCCAAGAAAUACAAGAGUGCCAUCUGCCGGGUCACUCUGCUUGAUGCCUCGGAGUAUGAGUGUGAGGUGGAGAAACAUGGCCGGGGUCAGGUGCUGUUUGACCUGGUCUGUGAACACCUCAACCUCCUAGAGAAGGACUACUUUGGCCUGACUUUCUGUGAUGCCGACAGUCAGAAGAACUGGCUGGACCCCUCCAAGGAGAUCAAGAAGCAGAUCCGGAGUAGCCCCUGGAAUUUUGCCUUCACAGUCAAGUUCUACCCACCUGAUCCUGCCCAGCUGACAGAAGACAUCACAAGAUACUACCUGUGCCUGCAGCUGCGGGCAGACAUCAUCACGGGCCGGCUGCCCUGCUCCUUUGUCACGCAUGCCCUACUGGGCUCCUACGCUGUGCAGGCCGAACUGGGCGACUAUGAUGCUGAGGAGCAUGUGGGCAACUAUGUCAGCGAGCUCCGCUUCGCCCCUAACCAGACCCGGGAGCUGGAGGAGAGGAUCAUGGAGCUGCAUAAGACAUACAGGGGGAUGACCCCAGGAGAAGCAGAAAUCCACUUCUUAGAGAACGCCAAGAAGCUUUCCAUGUAUGGAGUAGACCUGCACCAUGCCAAGGACUCUGAGGGCAUCGACAUUAUGUUAGGCGUCUGUGCCAAUGGCCUGCUUAUCUACCGGGACCGGCUGAGAAUCAACCGCUUUGCCUGGCCCAAGAUCCUCAAGAUCUCCUACAAAAGGAGUAACUUCUAUAUCAAGAUCCGGCCUGGGGAGUAUGAGCAAUUUGAGAGCACAAUUGGCUUUAAACUCCCAAACCACCGGUCAGCCAAGAGACUGUGGAAGGUCUGCAUCGAGCAUCACACAUUCUUCCGGCUGGUGUCCCCUGAGCCCCCACCCAAGGGCUUCCUGGUGAUGGGCUCCAAGUUCCGGUACAGUGGGAGGACCCAGGCACAGACCCGCCAGGCCAGCGCCCUCAUUGACCGGCCUGCACCCUUCUUUGAGCGUUCUUCCAGCAAACGGUACACCAUGUCCCGCAGCCUUGAUGGAGCAGAGUUCUCCCGCCCAGCCUCUGUCAGUGAGAACCACGAUGCAGGGCCUGAUGGUGACAAGCGGGAGGAGGAUGGCGAGUCUGGGGGGCGACGGUCAGAGGCUGAGGAAGGAGAGGUCAGGACUCCAACCAAGAUCAAGGAGCUAAAGCCGGAGCAGGAAACCACGCCGAGACACAAGCAGGAGUUCUUAGACAAGCCAGAGGACGUCUUGCUGAAGCACCAGGCCAGCAUCAAUGAGCUCAAGAGGACCCUGAAGGAGCCCAACAGCAAACUCAUCCACCGGGAUCGAGACUGGGAACGGGAGCGCAGGCUGCCCUCCUCCCCUGCCUCCCCCUCCCCCAAGGGCACCCCUGAGAAAGCCAAUGAGAGAGCAGGGCUGAGGGAGGGCUCCGAGGAGAAAGUCAAACCACCACGUCCCCGGGCCCCAGAGAGUGACACAGGCGAUGAGGACCAGGAGCAGGAGAGGGACACGGUGUUCCUGAAGGACAACCACCUGGCCAUUGAGCGCAAGUGCUCCAGCAUCACAGUCAGCUCUACGUCCAGCCUGGAGGCUGAGGUGGACUUCACGGUCAUUGGUGACUACCACGGCAGCGCCUUCGAAGACUUCUCCCGCAGCCUGCCUGAGCUCGACCGGGACAAAAGCGACUCAGACACUGAGGGCCUGGUGUUCUCCCGGGAUCUUAACAAGGGGGCCACCAGCCAGGAUGAUGAGUCUGGGGGCAUUGAGGACAGCCCGGAUCGAGGGGCCUGCUCCACUCCGGAUAUGCCCCAGUUUGAGCCCGUGAAAACGGAAACCAUGACUGUCAGCAGUCUGGCCAUUAGAAAGAAGAUUGAGCCGGAGGCCGUACUGCAGACCAGAGUCUCCGCUAUGGAUAACACCCAGCAGGUUGAUGGGAGUGCCUCAGUGGGGAGGGAGUUCAUAGCAACCACUCCCUCCAUCACCACGGAGACCAUAUCGACCACCAUGGAGAACAGUCUCAAGUCCGGGAAGGGGGCAGCUGCCAUGAUCCCAGGCCCACAGACGGUGGCCACGGAAAUCCGUUCUCUUUCUCCGAUCAUCGGGAAAGAUGUCCUCACCAGCACCUACGGCGCCACUGCGGAAACCCUCUCAACCUCCACCACCACCCAUGUCACCAAAACUGUGAAAGGAGGGUUUUCUGAGACAAGGAUCGAGAAGCGAAUCAUCAUUACUGGGGAUGAAGAUGUCGAUCAAGACCAGGCUCUGGCUUUGGCCAUCAAGGAGGCCAAACUGCAGCAUCCUGAUAUGCUGGUAACCAAAGCUGUCGUAUACAGAGAAACAGACCCAUCCCCGGAGGAGAGGGACAAGAAGCCACAGGAAUCCUGACCUCUGUGAAGAGAUCCUGGCAUUUCUGGUCCAACCCAAGCCAGAGAACCAUUAAGAAGGGGCCUUCAUUCUGGAUUCUCCGACGCAACACCGACGUCCCAGCUGCGACGUACUGUCACUGAUGAGAGACUGGGAAGGGAAAAGCAUAUAUAUAUAUAGAUAUAUAGAGAUAUAGAUAUAUAUACAGGAAACACCGCGUCCUUGCACUGCUGCUGGGGCUGGCAGAGCAGUUGGCCGACGGCAACAACCGACAUCUGAACACCUACAUUUCCUUUGCAGACAAAUUGAAGAACUGGUGGGUUUUUUUCAAGAAAAAAAAUUAUAUAAUAACUAUAAUCCCUUGCUCACUCCUUUCCCCUGCCAAAUAAGAAACGCAAGCCAGACCACGAUGAUUGUAGAAGUCCCUCCCACCCUGGUUCUGCACGUUACAGUUAGCAGACGAGCAAUUCCAUUUGUUCUUCUCCAGCAUUUCUGAGGCCCACUUGAAUGCAAAGGAAAACACUCGCGCAGCAAAGCAAGAGAAGUCGCAGCAGCAAGACACGCACAGUCAACCAUUUUCCGAGAAAGAAAGAAAAUUCCCCACUUGGAAAGAAAGAGGAAGAACACUGGAUUCUUACUUUCUGGAUCUUGACACUGGGCUGCAAAAUUCACCUGCCUCUCUCCCACCUCCCGUCACCCUCAACUCUCAAUGUCUUGCUGUCAUUUUCUGUCUCGGCUCCCUCCUCCCCCUUCCCCUGCCCAACACCCCUCACCCUCUGUGUCUGGGUCCUGCUGAGGGCCACUGCAGAUGACUCUCCUUUGAAAUGAGAAAAAGAAAAGAAAGCAAGAACAGAAAACGAAGCCACAGGAAGGGAAGUAGACAUUGUAUGUUUAUGGUUUCUCAUUAUGAAGGUGCAGCUUGUAGGAGGUUUGUACGGAUGUGCUUUUAAGUUAUGUAUAUUGCAUAUAACAGGAAAAAAUAUUAAAAUAAACAGUGUUGGUAAGUAUGAAGCUGACAUUCUAAAAUUAUAAUUAUCUGACUGUGAUUGAUGUAUCCUGAGGUUCCUAGAUCUCACUGAACUGGCCCAGCUAAGGACACCUGGACUCUGGGUGUGGGUUGGCUCACAGUAGGGGCUGACCGGUUCAGUGUAGUAAUACUGUGUGUGGUGUUUGUAAUUGGUUGAUUGGUGGGGAGGGGUGGGGGCCCCUAAUGGAGAGGUGUGGGUUUAGCAAGAAAGAAGCAACACAGAUGUCGUCCCCAAAAUGCCAGUUCGAGACACCUUCUCCCUGCCCCCCUGGUAGUAGCAGUCAGGACCUGGUCUGUGCUCAGGUACCGGGUCCCAAUCUGGGACUCUGCUGCUGAAGUUGCCACAGUAGAGGUCCCUGGCUUAGUCCUUAUCUCCCUACGGGGCUUGCCUUGGUUUUCAGUCUUCUCUCUCUCUCUCUUUUUUUUUUUUUUUUUUUUUUUUUUUUUUUGCCACAUCCUGCCCUUCCCUGACCCCAUUGUAAUAACCAACUCCAUAUCCAAAGGGAGGUGGUGCUCCCAGCCAUUAUAGAAGAUGAUGGCUUUAACCUGACUGUCUAAAAAUUCCCAGCUCAGCCUUUUCCUCUACUUUCUUCCUUGUUCUGAAUCAUUUCUUCUUCUCGGGCCAAAGUAGCUAUGGUAAGGAGGCUGUACGGGGCAGACCCUGAGAGAUCAAAACUGCAUUUGCAAAGGCCUCCCCUGUCCCAGGACAAAGUUGAGAGUGACGGGCAAUGUUGCUCAAAGGCUCCACCUCUACAUAAGACCUUGGCUUGGAGACCUCCCUCUUAAUCAACAUCUGAUCUCUGAGCUUGUGCCCAGAAAUCGCUCCAAGACCACAGGAGACCUUCAAGAAGCUCACAUCAAAAGUUUGGCAUUGCUCUCUGCCACAUGUGGGCUUCCUCAGCUUGUCUGCCACAAGCUACUUCUCUGAGCUCAGAAAGUGCCCCUUGGUGAGGGAAAAUGUCCCACUGCACUGCUAAUUUCUCACUUCCAUUUUACCUCCAGUCCUCCUUUUAAACCAGUUAAUAAAUUCAUUCCACAAGUAUUUACUGAUUACCUGCUUGUGCCAGGGACUAUUCUCAGGCUGAAGAAGGUGGGAGGGGAGGGUGGAGCCUGAGAAGACACCUGAGCCAGCUUUAUAUUUCAACCAUGGCUGGCCCAUCUGAGAACAUCUCCCCACUCUCGCCAAUCUAUUGGGGCAUUGCUCAGGGGUGCCCCCAGGCAGCCCAGGUUAGAUGCGUCCCUUUGGCUUGCUUGUCAGUGAUGACAUACACCUUAGCUGCUUAGCUGGUGCUGGCCUGAGGCAGGGCAGGAAAUCAGAAUAGUAUUUGCUUCUCUGGGCAAAUGGGAAGCUCAGCAGGGCAGCAGAAUCAGCGGCAUCCCCCGGGUGCAGGCCGGUGGGCCCACUCCAACUCCCCCUGAGUGCAGCAGCACACUUUCCAUACGCCAGGUUCUUUCUACAAUCCUGGUGGAAAAGCCACAGAACCUUCUUCGUGCCCUUCUUAACUUGAGAGCUCCUACUCAUUCUGGGUCAAGAGCUGGAGUGGUGGCUCCAAUCCUCUCUGGGCCACUUUGGUCUAGGAACUCAUCUUUGCAGGAACCAGGAGUCCUGAGCACACUGCACACACCUCAGAGGGAGGAUCCUUGUUCUGGAUUUUGUACCUGGCUUCAGGGCAGGGAUGAAGUGACCAGGCUUAGCUUGUGGAGUUUGUGGGCCACCAGGGCUUGGGGAAGUUGCCAUCCUGUGGAUGUUCUGACCUCCCUUCUACAGAGACACAGGCAGUGCCACUAGGGAGGAGGGGACCUGCAAAGCUAGAAUCUAGGGCACUGUUUCCUCCCCAUCCUCCUCUUUGUAGAGAAUAGAGAUGUUUGUCUUGUCUGUCUUCAACCUACUUUUCCUUUUCUCUUUUUCGUUUCUCAUCCUCUCUGUGCCACCUCUCUACCCAGGAGGCCAUGUAGCAUAGUGGAAAAAGUCCCUAAGGGCGGUUAGGAGUUCUGGGUGACCAUCCUGGCUCAGCUCCUAACUCACCAUGUGACAUCAGGCUAUCCCUGUUCCCCCUCUUGGGCCUCAGUUUCCCGACUUGCAAAAUAAGCAGAAAGAACCAGAUGCUCUCCAGGGUCUUUUUCUACUCUGCCAUCUCAUGGGUCUUCAUUUUCUCUUGUUUUGUUUUCUCUGGAUCUUUUCCAUCUGAGGGUACAGGAAGUGCCAGGACCUGUUUCAGUUUUUGAAUCCUGCAAGCACAUUCCAAGACUGGCCUGAAAUUGCAUGAGCAACAUCACUCGAAAUAAUUUUUUUUUCAAAAGCACCUUAACAACCAAUUGCGAUGCUGUCCUGUUCCUUUUUACUCACACCCUUCUCUCCUCUUCUCGUCCCCAUGCUCCCCCACCUCAGUGCUCUGUGCUGUAUGCGUGUGCUCUCUGUUCUUGUAUACUCAAUAAAAGUGAAAUAAAUGUGUUUGAUGCUGAACCAUA